AUGCAGCAACCAGCAGGCUUCGGGGAGAAUUCUCCCCUCAUGCUCAAACAUGCCUCGCUUGAAGGCGAGAUCACGGCGAGCAGCAAGAAGUCCUCCUCCUCCUCCACCUUCAUGGAGGUCCUCCGCAUACCUCGUCUGAUAUGGGACUUUACCGAGAGCAACUUCGCCACAUUCGUCGUUCCCAACACGGCUUUCGGCCUCCUGGGCGGGCUCACCGGACAGCCCCUGACCUCGGGCCACGCAGCCAUUCUUCCCGUCAUCUAUCGUUUCCCUCUGGUGGUGGCCUUCAACUGGUACAGCGUCCUCAUCUUCGACCUGGCCAACCAAAGGGGUCCCGAAUCCGUGGCCGAGGACCUCGCGAACAAGCCUUGGCGCCCCAUACCUGCGGGCAAAGUCACGCCCGAGCAGACCCGAAAGGCCAUGCUCGUGGCCAUUCCCGCCGUGCUGGCCUUCAACUACGUGCUCGACGUCUGGAAGGAGGGCGUCUUCAUCCUGAUCCUCACGUGGCUGUACAACGACCUGCGCGGGGGUGACGAGCUCGUCCGGGACGCCAUCAUCGCCGUCGCCUACUUCCUCUUCAACACGGCCUCCCUCAAGAUCACCAUCAGCGGCGUGGCGGCGGCGGCAGCAGCAGGCGCGGCCGAUGACGUACACGCACACGUACCCAUCAGCAUCACCCACGAGGGUUACGCAUGGGCCGCCAUCAUCAGCGCCGCCAUCCUGACGACGAUGCAGGUGCAGGACCUCAAAGACCAGGCCGGCGACCGCGGACGGGGCCGCGCGACGGUGCCCCUAUUCUUCGGCGACAGGGCCUCGCGGGCGUCGCUUGCGGUGCUCGUCCCCUUCUGGUCGUGCAUAUGCGUCUACGUCUGGCAUAUCCGCUCGUGGGCAGUGCUGCUGCCCACGCUGUCCGGCGCCAUGGUCGUUGUUGGGGUGCUUCGAACGCGGACCCCAGAAACGGACGCCAGAGCUUGGAAGCUGUGGUGCCUCUGGACAAUAUGUCUGUAUUCCCUGCCCCUCGUCGGUGACGGUUUCGUGUUAUUGGCGCCGCAUCUGGAAUAG